CAAUUUGAGGUGCUUAUAAGAAAAAGAAAGUCACUUCAGAGGUUACGAUGUCAGUCCAUUACAGAAUUUUCGGUCACACCAAUUUCUUUUUAAUCUAAAUUUCUUGCAUCUGAGGAAAUACAAAAGCUUUUUACUCCGAAGAAAGAGAGAGGAAACAAAAAAAAAACAAAAUGGAGAAUCUGUUAGGCCUUCUAAGACUUCGUGUGAUUAGAGGUGUUAAUCUCGCCAUUAGAGAUACUAAGAGUAGCGAUCCUUACGUCAUUGUCCGUAUGGGUCAACAGAAAUUACGGACUCGUGUGGUGAAAAAGAAUUUGAAUCCAGAAUGGAAAGAAGACUUGACACUUUCAAUCUCUGAUCCAAUUCUUCCUAUCAAAAUCAUGGUUUACGAUAGGGACUGGUUCUCAAGGGAUGAUAAGAUGGGAGAUGCCUUUUUCCAUAUUGAUCCAUUCCUUGAAGCCAUCAGGAUUCGAAACCAGUUCGGAGGACUCCCCGAAGGAACUGUAAUAACGAAAAUACAGGCAAACAGGCAGAACUGUCUAUCAGAAGAGAGCAGGAUUGUGUGGAACAAAGGAAAGAUUGUCCAAAAUAUGUUCCUUAGGCUCCAGAACGUCGAGUGUGGAGAGAUUGAGCUUCAGCUUGAGUGGAUAGAUGUCUCAGGUCUUCUGAGUAUAAAUGAGCAUGAGGAUGUUGCUUACUAGAUUUAUUUUUAUAUUACAGUAAAUUUUGUUAGAAAUUAUACUCCCUCUGGAUUUUAAAUAAUACAUGAAGUUUCAAGAAAUUUUUUGUUCCAGAUUAGCUGACAUUUUCAUUUUUCAAUAUAAAUUUUAUCAACUUCUUAGGUUAUGUGACCAUUUGUAUUUCACAGUUUAUUUUGUCAUUAGUCAGUUGUGUUUAGAUGAAUA